GAAGAAGUGGAAUAAAGAUUAUUUUUCGGAGGUUCACCCUUGUCGGAGUUCCUUCAUUAGCAUAGGAACGCUACAUUUUGGCGCAGUCGACAGGAUCCAGAACGUCACGAUGUGGGUCUAACUCUUUAUAAAACCAGCUACCGAAGGACGCUUAAUCUUUGAGCGCUACGAGGAGGAAGGUGAAGAUGCAGUUCUAUUGCCAGAAUCAGCAAGUAUGCCCGAGACCGUAGCCUACGUACUGGAAAGGGUCAAAAUCAACCAAGAGGACCUCUUGAAGUUGGCUGCGCUCUCCCAUUUAGUUGUCUUGCAUUUUUUCAAGCGUUUGGAUACGAUGCUACGUCUCUUUUGCUCCUUUCGUGAAGUGCGUGGUAUUGACGACUUCUCUCCUGCCAACAUAAAGAAGGGGACGCUGCACGUUUUCGCUGUCGAAGAAAGGGUUCACGAUGAUGCUGUCAGUCUGCAUGCAAAGUGCGUAUCGCAAGUUAAGGACAGCGUUGUCUACGAAAUUACUGUUAGACUGGACAGCGUUUCACGGACGUUGUCUGAAGCACGGUGCACAUGCAAAGCGGGCAUACAAGGAAAAUGCAAGCACGCCGCUGCAGUAUGCAUCCACAUCAACUCUGCCCAGGACAAUUUCAAGACCCCCCAAGCGUGGGGUAAGCCCAAUCAGAAGCCGCAGCGAGACCAGGAGAAAACGAUUCCUACUUUAUUCCCAGCUGGAACCCUGAAGUGUGGUGCACAUGUAACAGCUGCACAUCGAGAAAUCGUGGGUAGUUUUGCUAUCAUCGAAUGCUCUUUUGCAGAAGUGUUGGAAUUAAUGAAGAAGUCUGAGACUGAGAGGGAAUGUGAAACGCUACUUAGGGAAAUCAUCACAAAGGUUUCUGAAGAAAUCGAACAGGACAUCUUGGCAGCGUAUCUCGAGCCGAUGCAGCACCGUGCAAGAACAUGGCAUUUCAUGGCGUGGAAGACAGAUGAAUGUCAGCGACACGUCCUAGCUCCCAAAGGUUUCUUGCGCCUACUGGAUGAUAAAGAGAGACAGUUCUACCGUGACUCGUUGGUACUGAAGUGCGAUAUCGCAUCCCUGGCAGUAAGCACAUCUGGCCAGUCCCACAACAGUCGGUUUAUCACCAUUUGUGUCAUUUGCUCAGUUUUGACAGCCAUUCCCUUCAAAGUCCAUUAUUGCGACAAUAGAGUGCAGCACAUCAUAUUAGUCCCUCUACCUGUGAAUACCAGAUGUGCUUAUCUCGUUCCUCUUUUGCUGGUGGUUCAAGGAGCGGAGUGACAAGCUCGACUGCGCACCUGAUAAAGACACGGAAGAAAAACUUCAAGGAACUAGCUGUCAGAAUGGUGGCACAGCGUACAUUUAAGAAUGCUGCCACACAGUACGGCAGCACAAAUGAAGGCUUUGCUCGGAAGCUUCUGGAAAACCAGCUGGGCGCAUCUGUUGCACAGGACUCUGGAAUAGCAUUACUAUACAUCCUCACUUCUCACCUCUACAGACGCUCAGCAUUACGAUUGGUUGUGUGAGUAAACACCACCACACGUAAGCCUUGACUUGUGUCUCUCAUUUACGAUGAUAAAACUAGUUCAUAUUUUAUUAAAGGUACUGUCUAGACCCUCGUGCACAUUUCUCUUGGACCUCUUUUCCCAUAUUAUACUCCACAUUUUAUAGUCAAGGGCCAUGCAGUAAAUGUGUGAAAUAGGACCCUAGCAUAAGUACCGUUGAGGGUCUGGACUGCUGGUUUAAAGUCAACUCAUGUGGUGCAAAAUUGGAGCCGCUCAUUUAUUGUUGGGGAUUCGUUGUGUGCGGGUUCAGGUCCUGCCGCUGGUAACUGAUUGCUUAGGGCAUUACUGAAGCUAAGUAUUAUGUUGUGUAUAUGUUUCUUCGCCUCACCUUCUACUGUGUUCAUUCCUAUUUCACCAGAUUUCCAAAAAUUGCGUUUUUCAGAUCGGCUUGCUUGUAGUGCGGGAGCAACCAUGGUUGUGGUGCAGCCCAGACGGACUUGUGAAGGUUGGCGACACCAUCGCUCCAGUCGAGAUAAAGUGCCCCCAUAGUUGUAAAGAUACGAUCGUCAUUGAUUACGAAGCAAAGUCAUCGAAUGUGGACUAUUUAAAGUUUGUUGGUGAUGAACUAGUUCUGCACAAAAACCACAGUUACUUUACGCAAGUGCAGCUGCAACUGUACAUAUUGAACGCAUGUAAGGGAAUCUUUUUUGUCUAUUCCCCAAGGCAGACAGUAACAUUAGAAAUAGCUAGGGAUGACUGUUUUCUUGCGGAACUGGUUCUAUUUUCAUUUUAUUUUCAUUUAGGUAAUAACAUUUUUCAUUAAUAAUAUAACUAUUUUCAUUUUAGGUUCUUAUGUGUGAACCGAGCAAGAAUAUGUAGCAGGGUGGUCCUGAAGUGGUAAGCUGGAUACAACAUCCCAUUGUGUUUGAUUAAAGCUUGACUACUGAGACCGUUGCAUUGUCCAAAUGAACUAAUUUAUUAUACUCACAGUAAGCACUUAAGACUGUACUACAGAGACUAUUAGCCAGUGUAAGCGGCUAUGACUUAAUGUUUGGGGUCUGAAGGUUAACGAGCACACCGCACUCUCUCGACAUGAAUUCUCACUUGCGCUAUCACAAAGGUUGAAUGCAUAUCCUUUGCAGACAGCUGCCCCCCACCUGUAUUAAAUGGUGGCAUUAUCAAGACGGCCCCCUUUUCUUCCAUGGUUGUCCGGAUAGCUGGAAACCCUUUGUCACCCAUUAUUACAUCACCAGGAAGGACGUGGGACAGGAAACCAGAAUGUCUCGUAAUAAGGGAAUCCGAGUGUCUUCUCCCAUACGCGUCUGAUAUGAAUGCUAUCACCCCAUUUGGGAUGAUGUCCACAAGCCACUUGAGUGUUUACCCGCCCCCUCCCCCCCUUGUAGUUGGAAUAAAGAGAAUGCUGCA